AUGCUAUAUACCAAAUUUUUAUUUGCAGGCACAACUUGGAUUCAGGAAUUGGUGUGGCUAGUGUUAAACGAUUUUGACUUUGCUAAAGCUGAAGCUAUACCGCUUGUUGAUAGAUUUCCCUUUUUAGAGUUUUCAAUGUUUUUUAAUGGCACGAAAGCGCGAGCUAAGUUCCAGCAUAAUAUAAAAAACAAGGCUUUCAUAGACAACAUCUACAAGACGGUUGAUCGCGUGGUAGAGAUGCACUCACCGCGGUACAUCAAGACACACUUGCCGCUGUCUUUGCUACCGCCCGAUCUGCUCGACACUUGCAAAGUGGUGUACACGGCACUUGAAUGGACGCCUUGCUUCGAUAAUGUGAAAGAAUCAUGGGAGAAAAGGAAUCAUCCUAACAUGUUAUUUAUAUUUUACGAGGAAUCUUUAAAGGACUUAGCGUCGACUGUAGAUCGAGUAGUUAAAUUCUUCGGGAAAACAAUCACAGAUGAACAGCGCAGUCGUGUAUGUGUACAUCUCAGCUUCGAGAACUUUAAGAAGAAUAAAUCUGUCAACAAGAACAUCUUUAAGGAAUUGGAUUUAUUAAAUAAGGAUGCCUCAUUCGUAAGAAAAGGCAAGGCUGGUACAUGGCGCGAGCUCUUCGACGAGGAGAUGACGCGGCAGGCGGAGCAGUGGAUGGCAGACAACCUGCGUGAUACCGAUUUGAGAUACCCUACUGUGUAA